CAUGAAUUGCAAAAAUUAAAUUUUCUGCCAUAUUAAUUUUUUUUAGUUUGUAAAUUUUCCUCGGCUUCAAGCCAUUUUCACCCCCGCAAUUUUAUAUGGACCAUUCCCUUAUAAAGACAAUUCAAUUUCUUCAUAAUUAAAAUUUCGUUCAACUCCUAGAUUAUCCUAUUUAUCCUAUUUAUCCUAUUUAUUAUUAUAAUACUUAUUCAUACACACAUAUACACACAAGAUGUCAACCUUAGAUCAAUCAUACGUCGACAAUGGUUCUUUCAAACCAGACCUUUUCAAAGGUAAAGUUGCUUUUGUAACUGGUGGAGCUGGUACUAUUUGUAGAGUUCAAGUUGAAGCUUUAGUGUUAUUAGGUGCUAAUGCUGUUAUUCUUGGUAGAAAUGUGGAAAAGACUGAAAAAGCUGCUGCUGAAAUCCAACAAUUAAGAAAAGGUUCUAAAGUUUUAGGUCUUGGUGGAGUUGAUGUUCGUGAUGUUCAUUCUCUUAAAAAAGCGGUUGAUACUACUGUUAGUGUCUUGGGUAGAAUUGAUUUCGUCAUUGCCGGUGCUGCCGGUAACUUUUUAUCUGAUUUCAAUCAUUUAUCAUCCAAUGCUUUUAAAUCAGUUGUUUCUAUUGAUUUAUUAGGUUCAUUUAAUACUGCCAAAGCAACUUUUGAAGCAGUUAGAAAAUCAAAAGGUGCUUAUUUAUUUGUUAGUGCUACUUUACAUUAUUAUGGUGUUCCAAUGCAAGCCCAUGUUGGUGCUGCCAAAGCUGGAGUGGAUGCUUUAUCAAAUGCUUUAGCCGUUGAAUUAGGUCCAAUUGGUAUUCGUUCAAAUUGUAUUGCUCCUGGUAUAAUUGGUGGAACUGAAGGGUUUGAUAGAUUAGCUUCUGGUGAAGCUAAUUUACAUGAAAGAAUCCCAUUACAAAGAUUCGGUGCUACUAAAGAUAUCGCUGAUGCCACUGUUUAUUUAUUCUCUCCUGCUGCCAGUUAUGUUUCAGGUACUAUUGAAGUUGUUGAUGGUGCUGCUUGGCAUUUAGGUGCCUUUGGUGCCAGUGUUUAUCCAAAACUUUUGAUCCAACAAAAUAGUUCUGAAGAUGUCAAAUUAUAAGCAAAGAGUAUUUUAUGAUAUAAUAGAUUUGUUUUUAUAUUAUAUAGGUAACUUUCAUUAAACACCAUUAGUUUAUAUAAAAGAGAAAUUGGAAAAUUCCAUAUAGAACAAUUGA